AUGCGGAUUUGGGGGGUUGCUCAGGAGGGGGACUAUGAUCGAGAUGACAGCGACGAAGGGCAAGGGAGAAAGAUGUUGACGGUGGCGAGUUAUAACGUUCUCGCUGAGUUUGAGUACCCACAAAAAGAGGACCGGUAUCCCCUCCUUGUGAACAACAUUCUCGACGACAAGGCCGACGCGGACGCGCUGGUCUUGCAGGAGGUCACGGAUGGGUUCCUGUCGUUUCUGCUCAGUGACGAGAGAGUCUCGGAUCGGUAUCCGUAUUGCUCUCACGGACCGCCUGAUCAGCCGGGUAUGGGGCCGCUGCCGAAUUUUCUCAAUAUGGUUGUCUUGAGCAAGGUCGCCUUUGACUGGGAAUCUGUUUCUUUCCAGAGGAAGCACAAGGGUGCUUUGGUGGCUAGGUUUCGACAUGUGGGAAAGUGGCAGGGGGAUGAGUUCAAGCCGGUUGUGCUGGCAGUGGUUCAUCUCAGUCAUGGACUUACUGAUGGGGCGGUGGCAUCGAGGAAGGGGGAUAUCAAGAGGUUGAUUGGGUAUUUGGAGGAGAAUUAUGGGGGGUGUCCUUGGGUGCUGGCUGGGGAUUGGAAUAUUGCUACUUCGAAAGAGGCCAUUCAGGAGGCGCUGGAGAAGAAGAAUGUUUCGGACCUUACGGUUGAGCAGUGGAAAGGAUUGGACACUAUUUUCAAGGACGCCGGCUUGGUGGAUGCCUGGGAGGUUACUGCUGAGGACAAGGAUGGUGGUGCAACAUGGGAUCCGCCUGUCAAUGGUGUUGCGGUGACUUUGAGUGGUGGAAAUAUCUGGCCACAGCGAUAUGACCGGAUUCUUGUUCGCGGCGAGGAUUUUCUCGAUGUGAAGGAGUUCAACAUGUUUGGUCAGGAAAAGGGCCAUGUUGGAGAUGCUGUCGAGGAGUCCUUCGCCAGUGACCACUGGGGGAUCCGGGCUGUGCUCAGCAUUGGAGGGUUUGGAGAUGACGAGAAAGAGGAAAUGGAACAGGAACAGGAGCCAGAAAACCCGCUUGUUGUGCCUGCUCAUCUUGAGAAGGCGCCAAAGGCACUCUCGGGGGCUGGCGGUAUCAAGGCUUGUCUCUCCGAGCUGAAUGUCACCCCCGGCGAGGAGGAAGCUGCCCAGAGAAGAGAGGCCUUUGAGCUGCUCAAAACUCUCCUUCUCGACGCCACCACUAAGACCCCCGCUGCCGCCAGACUCCAAUCUUUUGUAGUCGUCGUUCCCGUGGGAUCAUACGCUCUCGGAGUAUGGACAACGUCAUCCGACAUCGACGUCUGCUGCAUCGGCCCCUUCAGCUCCAACACAUUGUUCUCCGUUGCCUCCUCAUCCCUCCGCAAAGCCGCCACCCAGGGUGUCCGCAAUCUCCGCCGAGUCAAAGCCAACACAGGCACCAUGCUCGAGCUCGAAGUCCAAGGCGUCAGAAUGGACCUCCAAUACUGCCCGGCCGCCUCCGUUGCUCAACAGUGGCCCAACGUCCUCCGGCUCCCAGCCAAAGAUCCCGUCUGGUCCCUCGCCCCGCAGACCCUCAACAAGCUCAAAGCCAUCCGCGACAUUGAUUACCUCCGCCGUUCCCUCCCUGAUAUAGAAUCUUUCCGCCUAGCCCACCGCUUCAUCAAAACCUGGGCUAGAUCCCGUGGUGUCUACUCCGCCUGUUUUAAAGGGCUUCCCCGCUCCUCCUCUCCAUCCUCCUCGUUUUAA